AUGGCAAACAGAUUGAACAGCAUAAGUGAUCACUUGCAAGGUGGGUCACGUGGGUUAGUGCAAGCCACUUCACCAGAUGAUGUCGUGAUAGUAGCUGCGUACAGAUCACCAAUUGCUAAAGGUUUUAAGGGUGCCUUCAAUGAACUUACGAGUGAGGAAAUCUUGUAUGAGUUUUUAGUGGGAUUCUUCGAUAAAGUUAAAAUUGAUAAGCACCUCAUUCAAGAGGUUUCAUGUGGUAAUGUGUUGAAUGCUGCUGCUGGUGCGACUGAGCAUAGGGCAGCUUGUUUGGCAGCAGGUAUUCCGUAUCAAGCUGCUUUUGUUGCUUUGAACAGACAGUGUUCUUCUGGUUUGACCGCUGUAAACGAUAUUGCUAACAAGAUCCAAGUGGGGCAAAUUGAUGUUGGUUUGGCACUAGGUGUUGAAUCUAUGACUAAAAACUAUAAGAAAGUAACUUUUUCAGAUGUUUCUCCUAAUAUCAAGAAGGAUAUUGAGGGAGGCAAGUGCUUCAUUCCAAUGGGGUUCACUAACGAAAAGGUUGCUGCUGCUUAUAGUAUCCCAAGAUCUGUGCAGGAUGAAUUUGCUGCAAACUCAUACCAAAAAGCGGAAAAGGCAAGAGCCAGCGGGCUAUUUAAUGACGAAAUUAUACCUAUAAAAACCAAGGACGGGUCUAUUGCCACAUUUGAUGACGGUCCACGUGAGGGUGUUACGGCUAAAGAUUUGUCCAAGUUGAAACCAGCUUUCAAACAGACUGGUGUCACUACCGCAGGUAAUGCUUCCCAGAUUUCAGAUGGUGCUGCAGGUGUUCUAUUAGCUAGACGUUCAGUGGCUGAAAAGUUGGGAUUACCAAUUGUUGGUAAGUACUUGGGAUUCCAAGCUGUUGGUGUUCCACCAGAAAUCAUGGGUGUUGGCCCUGCCUAUGCAAUUCCUGCUGUGUUGAAGCAAGUAGGGUUGACUGUAGAAGAUAUUGAUGUUUUUGAAAUUAACGAAGCAUUUGCUGCACAAGCUCUGUACUGUGUUGAAAAAUUAAAGAUUGACAAGAGUAAGGUGAACCCUCGUGGUGGAGCUAUCGCUCUUGGUCACCCAUUGGGUUGCACAGGUGCAAGGCAAGUAGCAACUAUUCUCCGUGAGUUGAAAAAGGGUCAGCUAGGCUGUGUCAGUAUGUGCAUUGGUACAGGUAUGGGAGCUGCCGCUGUGUUUGUUAAGGAAUGA